GAACAACACGGGAGUAAACUGGACCAUGCCGUGAAUAGUUGGCCAGUGGCAGGAGGUGGUUGGUAAUUUCAUUCAGCGUUAUCUUCUCUUGUGGGUUGAUACACUGAUAUCAUAAUUCCUUGUAUGCAUCACAUCCGAGUCACAGCACAGGCGUUGGCCAUGAAGGACCCAGCACAGCUUCUUGCUACAAUAUAUAUAUGCUCUCAAGUCUCCAUCUUUCCACAAGGUGAUUCCCUACGCUCGACCCUACAACUUGAAGGAACCUCAUAUUGGCCUGUUCUUACGUGUACGGACAUCGCCCAAGAUACUCGCCUGACUGAAUUUGACCCAACUGGUCUGGUGACACGGCAGUCAUUAUGAGCAUACCUAUGGACACAGCUGCGUUAUCAGGUUUAUUUCUCGAGAUCUUGUUGUAUGGCGUGUUCUUCACUCUGUACUGGUUUACAUUGUUCAUCCUCCUCAAGAAAACGGGAAUUCAACGGCAACUCAUUCUCCCAGUGGCAACCUUGCUGCUAUGCAUCGCAACGGCCCACCUAAUCGUUGAUUUUGUUCGAGCGUUAGAGGCAUUCGUAUUCAAGGUGGAUACGAUUGGUGCAAAUGCCUACUAUUCCAACUUUGCUUCGCCGCUGUUUGUUGCGUCAAUGACGCUUUACAUCACGCAAACCAUUCUCGCCGAUGGGAUAGUUGUUUGGCGAUGUUAUGUGCUUAACAACAGAAGCCCGUUUGUUGCCGUUCCUGGCUGUAUCAUACUCUUAGCUAACGUAGUCACUGGAUACUAUGGUAUCGGGACCCUUUCACGGGCCCGUCCGCAGUCUAAUGUUCCUCCCACUGUUGAUGGAUGUAUCGCCACAUUCGAUACAUUGACCAUGGUUGUCAGUGUUACCAGUACCAUUUUGAAUGCCUGGCGCAUCUACCGCUCUCGCCGUUUCAUGGCAGAGGAGGGCCUUGGCGCUUUUCUACCCGUUUUCGUCGUCGUCAUUGAGAGCGGCGCUUUUUAUGCCACAAGUAUCCUUAUACUCCUUGUGACAUUCUUCAUUGGAUCCAACGCCCAAUAUAUUAUGCUGGCCAUCAUUACUCCUAUUGUGAACUUUUGUUCAGGGGAUCACGUUCUGCCUCGUCAUUCUGCAAGUACACUUCGACGUAGGUGGCAACUCGCCGACCGAAGUCCACUGAAGCGAGGGGCAACAUCAUUGUCAACAAGCAAUUGGAUGUGGAUGCCAGAAAAGUGGUGUCGUCCUCGUUCAGAGCGAGGUGUACAGGAGGGCUUGAGCAUGGAACUAAUGACUGUGCACAUCACAGAGGAAACGGUGAUCAUUCAAUCUGAUAUGAUGAGCAGAAAGACCUCCUAGCCAGAACGUAGCAAGAGGAAGACAUUCGUUAGAAAGAACGGUCAACGAAUCUUGGGGGUGUCUUCGUAUUGUCGAUUAGUCCGUCCUCUAUUCUCCAGUAAGUAGUUAAAUACACCGGCUUUCUCUGAAAUGGGAGGACGAUGGUUCGUCCAUAGGAAUCUACUAGUAGUUCCUUUCCUUGAAAGGUCAAAGCAGAUUUCUUGUAUCUCCACAUUGAGGCAGAAUUGUGAGGUGGACGAGUAAGUGAUCUGGCCGAAUGUAACCGAUAGCAAGAAGGAACGACAAUAUUAAUGUUCAUCAGGGCUUGGGAGGUUAGGCGGAAUUUACGUCAAGCGCUUGUUCGUGGUCUUCGUUAGUUUUGAUCUGCUUCAUU